AUGUCCAGUAACCUCCUUCUCUGCCUUGCAUCCCAAAUUCCCCAGGAAUUGACUGAGAGCAUAUCUUCCAUCACACCUCAUCCUUCCCAAUUUCCCUACUCUACACACUCACCCAAACCUUGCGGCAAGAUCUGUGUAGGGGAUACCAUGUAUAUUAUCAAGAAAAUUAUUUCUGUGACCUGGGGCCUUGUUGGUUGUGGAAGCAUCUGCUAUCUGGUCAGUUUGGACAGAGAAGACUAUAUUGUCAAGGACCAUUGGGUCCUCAGCAACCAUAAUGAUGUUAUUUUGAACGAGAUUGAGAUAUUACAACUGAUGCAUAGUGUCCCUGGCAUUCCAGAGCUAGUAGAUUAUUCACUCAUCAUGACAUCAGAGGGUGAGGUUGAUAAUACUCAAUGUUAUUGCAAAUGGGAACAUCAGAGUACCCAGGGCACCAGCUACACUCAUGUCUGCCUUGUGUUAAAACUGUGUGCUUGCCCCCUCCAUAUGUUUCAUAUGCUGAAAGAGUUAGUGAGAGUGUUGAGGGAUAUUGUGAUCAUCCAGAAAUCAGUGGUGGAGGAACGCAAGAUUCUGUAUUGCAAUUGCAGUCUGAAUAAUACAAUAAUCCUAGAUGAUUUUGACAUCAGCAAGGGGUUUCUUAUUGACUGGGAAUUUGCAGUAUGCAUUACUACAGAUAAUAAAUAUCUCAUUGGUGGUACAGGCACAGUCCCCUUUAUGUCAUUGUGGGCUUCUCAGUCAUAUUUCACUGUUGCAGCAACAGGUGAAGGCGGAAGCUGA